GACUCGGCCACCAUUUGGUCUCAAGGAAGAGAGAGAAAGAGGAUUGAAGGUUUUGGUCCGUCGCAACAACAAGUAGAGAGUAGUAGAGAAGAUAUAGAAGAAAUCACUUUCAAUCUUGCCGUUUCUUUCUUCCAUUUCACAACAAUCAAAGUCAUCUGGGUUUCAUCGGAUCUCCAUGCCAAGAAGAAGAAUUGCUUGAUUGAAUGGAAAACCCAACUUCAUCUUCUACAACAGGUCCUAGAUUUCAUCCACAAGUAAUGAUCCCUCAAGAUCACAAUCAUUCACCUUCCAUUAAAACCCCUCCACCCCUUAAUGGUAUAAGAACAACAGCAGGAGGAGGAGCAGGAGGAGGAAGCCCCCUCCUUCAUUUAAGCACCCCACCCGGUCCUCCCGUCUUCUCUUCCCCAAUCCAACCAGCAGCAGUCCCGAUCCGAACAUCUCCAUCAACCCCACAACCUUUAGCUCUCUCUUCAGAAUCCCCUUUACCCAAUUCUCCCCAGAUCCACCACGAUGAUUCAUAUACCCCUGUUGGCGAAUCACCAUACGUCUUGUUCUCCGCUCACAAGGUUUUGAAACUAAAGAAGUUGAGGAACGUACCAAGCUUAGGAUUUGGAGCAUUGGUUUCACCCGGAGGAGAUAUUUCAUCAUGCCCCCAAAUCAUCCAACGAGAACCCCAUCGCUGUCAAAGCUGCGGCGCCUUUUCAAACCCUUAUUGCGAAAUCUUAACAGGGUCAGGUCAAUGGCAAUGUAUAAUUUGCAGGAAUCUUAACGGUAGUGAAGGAGAGUAUAUCGUUCCAUCUAAAGAAGAGCUUCGCUGUUUCCCCGAACUGUAUUCUCCACUCGUUGAAUACGUUCAAUCAAGAAGGACAGGUUUCUCCCCCAUUUCCGACUCAAGAACAUCGUCCCUCAUCGUCCUCGUAAUCGACGAAUGUCUAGACGAAUCGCAUCUCCAACAUCUACAAAGUUCGUUGCAUGCGUUUCUUGAUUCUCUUCCGCAAACGACUCGAAUUGGGAUCAUAACUUACGGUCGAACGGUCUCUGUUUACGAUUUCUCAGAGGAAUCAACUGCUUCUGCAGAUGUCUUGCCGGGGCAAAUAUCACCCACGAAGGACGCGUUGAAAUCGUUGAUUUACGGGACUGGGUUGUAUUUAUCGACCGUUCAUGCGUCCCUCCCGGUUGCUCAUUCGAUCUUUUCGUCGUUUCGUCCCUAUAAACGGAACCUUCCUGAAGCUUCUAGAGACCGAUGUCUAGGAACAGCUGUGGAAGUUGCUUUCGGAAUAAUCCAAGGCCCAUCGGCUGAUAUCGUCAAGAGAAAUGCAGUAAACGCUAGGGUUAUAGUUUGUGCAGGAGGGCCAAACACGUUUGGUCCUGGAUCGGUUCCACAUUCGGUUAGUCAUCCGAACUACCCCUACAUGGAGAAAACCGCGCUUAAAUGGAUGGAGAAUCUCGGGCGAGAAGCUCACCGGAAUAACAUAGUAACUGACAUUCUAAUCGCGGGAACUUGUCCGGCUAGAGUUCCGACGCUGCAACCGCUGGCGAAGGCCUCUGGCGGGGUGGUUAUCCUACAUGAUGAUUUCGGGGAGGCGUUUGGUGUUAACCUACAAAGGGCUUCCUCUAGGACGGCCGGUUCUCAAGGGCUGUUGGAAAUUCGGUGCUCGGAUAAUAUUUCGGUUUCACAAGUUAUAGGACCGGCCGUGGCUGCGCAAACCGACAGUCAUGAGAAUUUUAAGAAUGACGCUGCGGUUUCUAUGCAGAUUCUCAGCGUCGAGGAAACGCAAAGCUUCUCGAUUUCAAUGGAGAUAGGGGGAGAUAUCAAGAGCGAUUAUGUAUACUUUCAGUUUUCCGUUCAGUACUCGAAUAUAUAUCAGGCUGAUAUUUUGAGGGUGAUUACCGUUCGUUUGCCUACUGUGGAUAGCAUUUCGGCGUAUCUAGAGAGUGUUCACGAUGAGGUGGCGGCGGUUUUGAUUGCUAAGAGGUCGUUGCUGCAAGCAAAAUCGUUUUCGGAUGCGAAUGAGAUGCGGGUUAUGUUAGAUGAGAGAAUUAAGGAUAUCGCUUUGAAAUUUGGGUCCCACAUGCCGAAGAAAUCGAAGGUUAACCGUUUUCCAAAGGAGCUUUCCUUGUUGCCGGAGUUGUUGUUUCAUCUUAGGAGGGGUCCCCUUUUGGGUAGUAUUAUUGGACAUGAAGAUGAGAGGUCGGUUUUGAGGAAUUUGUUUUUGAAUGCUUCGUUUGAUUUGUCUCUACGAAUGAUGGCGCCUAGGUGUUUAAUGCAUCGGGAGGGUGGGACAUUCGAGGAAUUACCUGCUCAUGAUCUUGCUAUGCAAUCCGAUGCGGCGGUUGUUCUUGAUCAUGGAACCGAUGUCUUCAUUUGGUUGGGAGCUGAACUUUCGAUACAAGAAGGAAAAAGUGCUGCAGCUUUGGCAGCUUGUAGAACAUUGGCUGAAGAGAUAACAGAAAUGAGGUUUCCUGCUCCAAGGAUAUUAGCAUUUAAAGAGGGUAGUUCACAGGCUCGAUUUUUUGUACCUCGGUUGAUACCAGCGCACAAAGAUCCUCCUUAUGAGCAGGAGGCAAGAUUCCCACAACUCCGGGCAUUGUCGACUGAGCAGAGGACCAAGUUGAAAAGUAGUUUUGUGCACUUCGAUGAACCGAGUUUCUGCGAGUGGAUGCGUGGCUUGAAAGUACUGCCACCAGAACCAAUCUAAUUUGGAAGAGGUAAAAAAGAAGUUGAUGGAUUUUGUCAUGAAAACAGACAUUUGAUCUUUCACAAUUUUCUGCUUCAAAGUGUUAUAGAAGGAGAAAAGGAGGCAGGGACGGAUUACUGAAAAUGGAUCAUUUUUUGAGUUUUUGUGGGUUUUGUUUGUAGAACUCUCUUUGAAAUUCUUAAAUUUUUUUAAUACCGGAACUUAGAAUAAUGUUCAAUAUUUGCUUUCAAUAUGGAUUCAUAUUGUAUACUAAAGCAUCCCUUGAAA